UGGAAACCAGAUUAAACGUGGUCCGGAUUAUCCUUCACAUCACCCGCAGCUGUAGCUGAAAGCUCUAGAAACGUCUAGUGCGCCGCUACGCUCCAACUGCGUCAGUACUGCCAUUCUCCAUCCGCGGAUACGCAAGAUCCGGAGUGUAGUCCCCAGGAGAGAACGAGAGGGAGAGACAUAGAGAGGCGGUUGCACUGGUUGUUUUGUGGACAGCAUUCCUUCUUUUUUCCUCUUUGGCAGGCAUUUACCAUAAUCUUCACCAGACCUGUUUCAAUCUGCGGAAAAGAAGAAGCUCACUUCACGUCGAGACAUGCAUCCAGCAACUGCCAAGUGGUACGAUAGGAGGGACUCCGUUUUUAUAGAGUUCUGUGUAGCAGACAGCAAAGAUGUUAAAGUCAGUUUCGAUAAAACAAAGUUUGGUUUCAGUUGUCUUGGAGGAACUGACAAUGUCAAAUAUGAGAAUGAAAUAGACCUUUUUGAAGCCAUCGAUGAAAAUGAAUCCAAACAUAAACGUACAGAUCGCUCAGUGUUGUGCUAUUUACGAAAAGCACAGCCAGGGAAGUCGUGGCUGAGGCUAACAAAAGAGAAGCCUAAGCCGAGUUGGCUCAGUGUUGACUUCAACAACUGGAAAGAUUGGGAGGAUGACUCAGAUGAGGAGAUGGGCAACUUCGAUCAAUUCUCAGAUAUGAUGAACAACAUGGGAGGUGAGGACGACAUACCUGAUCUAGACGAUGAGUCUGCAGAUAGCGAUGAUGAGAAAAUGCCAGAUUUGGAAUAGAAGACUGUAAGACUCUGAAAAGAAGAUGGAAGAACAGAGGGCAAGAGGAAUCCUAACAAAUGUAUAUCUUGAAAUUGAAGGCAGUGACAAACAACUGUACAUAUGAGUCAGUAGCCAUAUUUAAAUCCAUAGCCUCAGCUCCAAACACUCAAUCGAUCAGUCCACCGAAGGUUGAUAUGCAUGGUAUUGUACAGAGCAGCUAUCUCCACUUCCAUUUGCUGUACUGCACCUUUUUGGGUAUCUUGUUUUACUGUUAAAUAUUACAAGUAAGCACACAUUAUUUGUUGGAAAAAGCUGUAUAGUUGUCUUCAACUGAGCAAUACAUGUUAAGAGAUUUGCAAUUUGUUUACAAAUGAAUUGUGGUUUAAAACGAUUAGGCCCACCUGUUCCCAAUGUUGUGGUUUUUAAGUUAGUCGACCAGUGUAGUUUAUUUCAUGAUUAACGAAACACUAGCUAUGUACAUCUUAAGAAUUAGAUGCAUUUACUGAUUGGGUUUCCCCUAAAGCCUUCCAUGUGCCGUGAAUUAGAUAUCCAGGAAGCCAGUCUUUGUUUCUGUGGCUUAACCGUCCAGCUUACAUGUUUUCCUUCACUUCUCGUUUAAUGUUUGUAAAAUUGGACUCCUCUGAAAUCAUUGCAGAAAGUAUUUGCAUCUUCCCAGUUAUCACCCACUUUGGUAAUCUGAAUGAAUUCCACAUAUUUAGUAUCUUAACAUUGUUUUCUCUCCAUAUCCACCACCACCACCUAACAUGCACACUCGUGUUAGCCUGCAGAUGCAAAAGGUGAAAUGUUUUGCAGCUGAUAAUUUAGGCCUGAAGCUUGGUUGGGCCUCAGCAUUGUGUGUGGUUUGUUGCUAUCCUCCGGGUUCUUUCCGCUUGUUCAUUUAGAAACAAUCCUCCCUUGUUGGGAUGGAGUGACAGAACGAUAGGCGACGUGUAAUGACCAAAUUAUAUUUGCACUGUCAAUAAAAUGUACGGGGAGAUAAAUGAUGUUGAAUUACAGUGGAAAUUCUUUUUUUAUUGUCUACAUCUUUCUAAUAAACUGUUCAAGAAUCA